AAAACAAACAAACAAAAAUUCUGCAGAAAAGCAGAGUAUAAAAUAAUAAAUCGUCUAUAAUAUUUUGUAUUUUAUAAAUUUUAAAUAAAUCAGAACAAUAUGAGACGACGAGCAGGAUUAGGUGCAAUACAACAGCAACAGUUUGCUGCUGAAAAGUAUAAAGACAAGGGCACAGAUAUACAGGAAUCUCAAUUAGAACAAAUGUCGAAACAAAUGGAAGUAUUUCGGGAAAAACUAGAAGAAUUUGCAAUUAAACAUAAGCAGGAUAUUAAAAAAAAUGCACAGUUCCGUAAGCAAUUUCAAGAAAUGUGCGCUGCCAUCGGCGUAGAUCCAUUAGCAAGCGGUAAAGGUUUUUGGAGUGUUCUUGGCAUGGGAGAUUUUUAUUAUGAACUUGGGGUACAGGUGGUGGAAGUAUGCUUAGCAUCAAAUCAUAAAACUGGAGGCCUUAUGGAAUUAAAUGAACUAAGAAGUCGUUUAGUUGCUGCUAGGGGUCAAAGCUCAAUUCAUCAGGAAAUCACAAAUGAAGACAUUUUAAUGGCUACUAAAAAGCUUAGUAUUUUUGGUAAUGGCUUUGUUGUUCACAAACUUGGAAAAGGAAAAUAUAUUGUACAAUCCAUACCCGGCGAAUUGAGUAUGGAAGAGACGACAAUUCUCACUGUAGCAUCUAAUAACGAACAAGGCUACGUAACUCUUACAAUUUUAAUAGAGCAAUUGGGAUGGCCUGAUUAUCGUGCACGACAAUCUUUGGAAAAAGUUGUUAGCGAAGGUCUUUGUUGGAUUGAUGAUCAAGCUGAUGAUGAACGUCGUUAUUGGUUUCCCAGUUUAUUUCCAAAUCGCACAACACAAACAAUAAAUGCUUAAUUAAUACUUGA